AUGCCAGAAAGCUGGUGGUGCUCCGCGUGCCGCAGCAGUUUCUUGGCUCUAGGCGCCCCCUCUGCGGCACACCGUUCCCGCCCCCUCGGAGCCGCAGAUCCCCCCCCAGCUCCGCGGAUGCCGGCGCGCUCCGACGCCGCCCAGGCCAUGGCCGUCGCGACGGCCGCGGGCGCCCUGGGCCUCGCGGCCACGCGCGGCGGCGGGGGCGCGUUCCUGGCCCCGCACGGCCCCGCGGCGCUCCGCGGCCCCUCCGCGCGGCCUCCGGCCGCGGCCACGGCCGCGGCGGCCGCGGAGGCCUCGCAGCCCGGCGCGGGCGCGGCCGCCGGCCUGGCCAGCGGCGUGGCCGCCGGCGUGGCCGCGGGCGUGGCCGCGGUGGGCGCGGCGGGCGGAGCGGUGCGCCGGAGGAGGGGCCCGAAGGUGCGGGAGGUGGGCGUGGCCACGCGGGCGUCGACGCUGGACCAGCUCAGGGAGGUGUCGGGCAAGGAGGGCAUCUCCCUGGAGAGGUACCGCAACAUCGGGAUCAUGGCGCACAUCGACGCGGGCAAGACGACCACCACGGAGCGCAUCCUGUACUACACUGGCCGCUCGGACAACAUUGGCGAGGUGCACGAGGGCGAGGCCACAAUGGACUGGAUGGAGCAGGAGCGCGAGCGCGGCAUCACAAUCACGAGCGCAGCCACUACUGCUUUCUGGGCCGGUCACCGUAUCAACAUCGUGGACACCCCAGGCCAUGUCGAUUUCACCCUGGAGGUGGAGCGGUCCCUGCGCGUCCUGGACGGCGCGGUGGCCGUGUUCGACGGCGUUGCGGGAGUGGAGCCCCAGACCGAGACGGUGUGGCGGCAGGCGAACAAGUACAACGUGCCCCGGAUCUGCUUCGUGAACAAGAUGGACCGCGACGGCGCAGACUUUUACAAGGACGUGCAGAUGAUGAAGACACAGCUCGGCUGCAACCCGGUGCCGAUCCAGCUCCCCAUCGGCCAGGGCAAGACGUUCGUGGGCGUGUACGACCUGGUCUCCGAGAAGUCAGUCACCUGGCUUGGGGACAAGCUGGGCGCGGAGUUCGAGGUGAAGGACGAGAUUCCCGACGGCAUGGCGGACGUGAUCGCCGAGUACCGCGAGAAUCUCAUCGAGAAGGCCGUGGAGAUGGACGAGGAGGCCCUCGAGGCGUACCUGGAGAGUGGCGAGGCGCCCUCUGUGGACGUGCUCAAGAAGUGCAUCCGAAAGGGUACCCUCGGGUUCGACUUCGUGCCCGUCCUGUGCGGCACCGCGUUCAAGAACAAAGGCGUCCAGCCCCUACUUGACGCGGUGGUGGAUUACCUUCCCUCGCCGAUGGAUCUGGAGGACACCAAGGGCAAGGACCCGAAGGACCCCGACCAGGUCCUCUUCCGCAAGAACGUGGCGAGCGAGAAGUUCGCUGGGCUUGCGUUCAAGGUGGCUGCGGACCCCUUCAUUGGUACGCUGACCUUCUUGCGCAUCUACUCUGGCUCCAUCGAGUCAGGUGACAUGAUGAUCAACCCGCGCACCAAGCAGAAGGAGCGCUUCGGGCGCAUGGUGCUGAUGCACUCGAACAAGCGAGAGGAGAUCAAGUCGGCCUCCGCCGGCGACAUCAUCGCCAUCGUCGGCCUGAAAGACACGACCACCGGCGACACCCUGUGCGACAUGAAGGACCAGAUCGUGCUUGAAAAAAUGGACUUCCCGGAGCCCGUGAUCAAGGUCGCGUGCGAGCCGCUUACCCAGAAAGACAACGACAAGCUGAUGGAGUCGCUGGCCAAGCUCGCCGCCGAGGACCCGUCGUUCCGGUACAGCCGCGACGAGGAGAGCAAUCAGACCGUGAUCGAGGGCAUGGGGGAGCUGCACCUGGACAUCAUCGUUGACCGCCUCCGGCGCGAGUUCAAGGUCGACUGCUCCGUGGGCGCUCCGCAGGUGGCCUACCGCGAGACGAUCACGAGGCCGAUCGAGAACUGGUACACGCACAAGAAGCAGAGCGGCGGGUCGGGGCAGUACGCCAAGAUCAAGGUGUCAUACGAGCCGAACGAGGGCCAGGGGUACGAGUUCGUGAACGACACCACUGGCGCCAUUAUCCCGAGGGAGUUCAUCCCAGGGAUCCUGAGGGGUACUGAGAGCGAGAUGCUCAACGGCAUCCAGGCCGGCUUUCCAGUUGUCGACGUAAAGGUGAAGUUGAUAGAUGGGCAGGUUCACCCCGUUGAUUCCUCGUCGAUUGCCUUCGAGAUCGCCGCGCGCAACGCGUGGAAGGAGAACUCCAAGGAGUGCGGCCCGAAGAUAUUGGAGCCGGUGAUGAAAGUGGAGGUCACCACCCCCGAGGAGUACAUGGGCAACAUCAUCGGCGACCUCAACAGCAGGCGCGGCAUGGUGGCGGAUAUCGCUGACCGCGGCAACGUGAAGGCGGUCACUGCCAACGUCCCACUGUCCGGCAUGUUCAGCUACAUCGCGGCCUUGCGCUCGAACUCGAAGGGCCGCGCCACGUAUAGCAUGGAGUUCGGCGAGUACAAGCAGCUGCCCGAGAACCUCGCCGCCGAGAUUUUGGGCAAGUAG